CACGUGUAAUAUCGUUCGCGCCGCUUUCUUCGCGGUCCUUCUACUUCCCAACCCGAGCGGAAGCCUUUCACGUUUCAGGGCGGACUCGGCCGCGACUCGGUGAAACAUCCCGAGUCGACUCAGAUUCCAUCGGAUCGGUCGUCUCGCCUUCUCUUCGUUUUGUUUCACCGGUCAGGCACUCUCGUUUCCUCACUCGCACGAGCACUAUGUCAACGCUGCAGCCGGCGACUCCCGCAGCUUCAUCCUCCUCUCGCCCGGCGAGCGACGGCGACGGCGACGGCGACGGCGUCCGGACGCGCCGGAUUCUCUCCAGCAAGCUCUACUUCGACGUCCCUCUCUCCAAGGUGCCGCUGAUUUACUCGCCUUCCUACGACAUCGCCUUCCUCGGGAUUGAGAAACUGCACCCAUUUGACUCUUCCAAAUGGGGACGGAUAUACCAGUUCCUUAUUUCGGAAGGUGCUUUAGUAAAAGGCUACAUCGUCGAGCCUUUGGAAGCUUCAAAGGAGGAUCUCCUUGUGGUUCAUUCUGAGUCGUACUUGAAUAGUUUGAAGAGCAGUGCUAGAGUUGCCAUGAUAGUUGAGGUACCUCCUGUUGCAUUAUUGCCCAAUUGCCUUGUUGAUCAGAAGGUUCUUCGACCAUUCCGCAAGCAGGUGGGGGGAACUAUUUUGGCAGCAAAGCUUGCUAAGGAGCGAGGAUGGGCCAUCAAUGUGGGAGGAGGGUUCCACCAUUGUUGUGCGGAUCAAGGAGGUGGAUUUUGCGCUUAUGCUGACAUAACUCUCUGCAUACACUUUGCGUUUGCUCGCUUAAAUAUAUCAAGGGUGAUGAUAAUUGAUCUUGACGCGCAUCAAGGAAAUGGACAUGAAAUAGAUUUUUCUCAUGAUAGACGAGUUUAUAUACUGGAUAUGUUUAAUCCUCAGAUAUAUCCAUUCGAUCAUGAGGCCAGGAGAUACAUUAAUCAGAAAGUCGAAGUGAUGUCUGGGACCUCUACAACUGCAUACUUAAAGAAAUUAGAUGGCGCGCUUGAGGUUGCUGCACGUGCAUUUGAUCCUGAAUUGGUGGUUUACAAUGCUGGAACUGAUAUUCUUGAAGGUGAUCCAUUGGGCAGGUUGAAGAUCACUCCAGACGGAAUAACCAGCAGAGAUGAGAAAGUUUUUCGGUUUGCUCGUGAGAGAAGCAUUCCCAUUGUGAUGGUUACAUCAGGUGGCUACAUGAAGUCCAGCGCUAGAGUCAUUGCGGAUUCCAUAGUUAAUCUGUCAAAGAAAUGCUUAAUAGAUAUGGAGACUCCCUCAGCAAGAGCAUGAUCGUGAGAUGCAAGUUCAGUUGCUGACACUCAGGAAGUUACUUGAGAAGAAAGUCCGAGCUAGUUUAGUUGCCCCCGACACGGGAGGCACAUACGAGGACAAGGUCCCGUUUCUUUCACUCUCAGUGCUUAUCCUAAGGAAGC